GCCCUGGUCGUCGUCGCCGCUGCGGUAACGGAGCGGCUCGGGUGGCGGAGCCCGUGUUCGUGCCCGCCCGCCCGCCGUCCUCGGGAGGCCCUUCCCGCGCCGCGCUCCGCUCCGCCGCCGUCCCCGGGGCGGGAGCGCGUGACCGGAGCCGGCGCCCGCGAGCGAGGCCCCCCGCGGCGGGGCGGCUCCGGAGCUCCAGCGGCCCGGCCGGCGCGGUCCGCGGCGCGGAGAGGGGCCGCCUGGGCCGGACGCCGCGGGCGGGGCCCGGGAAGCGACAGGCGAAGCGCGGCGCGGAGCCCAGAUUAUCCUGCUCACCAGAUGUCUUGACAAUUUUUCUUGCAACAUUGGCCAUUGGUUUUCACUGCCUUCAAAAGAUCAAAAUUACUCCAGAAAUUGGAGAGUUCGAUUUAAAAGAAAAAACGUGAACAAAUGGACAAUAUGUCUAUAACAAAUACACCAACAAGUAAUGAUGCCUGUCUGAGCAUUGUACAUAGUUUGAUGUGUCAUAGACAAGGUGGAGAAAGUGAAACCUUUGCAAAAAGAGCAAUUGAGAGUUUGGUAAAGAAGCUGAAAGAGAAAAAAGAUGAAUUGGAUUCUUUAAUAACAGCUAUAACUACAAAUGGAGCUCAUCCUAGCAAAUGUGUCACCAUACAGAGAACACUGGAUGGACGACUUCAGGUGGCUGGUCGGAAAGGAUUUCCUCAUGUGAUCUAUGCCCGUCUGUGGAGGUGGCCUGAUCUACACAAGAAUGAACUAAAACAUGUUAAAUAUUGUCAGUAUGCAUUUGACUUAAAAUGUGAUAGUGUCUGUGUGAAUCCAUAUCACUAUGAGCGGGUUGUUUCACCUGGAAUUGAUCUCUCAGGAUUAACACUGCAGAGUAAUGCUCCACCACCAAGUAUGUUAGUGAAGGAUGAAUACGUCCAUGACUUUGAAGGACAGCCGUCCUUACCCACUGAAGGACACUCAAUCCAGACCAUCCAACAUCCACCAAGUAACCGUGCGUCAACGGAGACAUACAGUGCCCCAGCUCUGUUAGCCCCAUCUGAGUCUAACGCCACGAGCACCACCAACUUCCCCAACAUUCCUGUGGCUUCCACAAGUCAGCCGGCCAGUAUUCUGGCAGGCAGCCAUAGUGAAGGACUGUUGCAGAUAGCUUCAGGGCCUCAGCCAGGACAGCAGCAGAAUGGAUUUACUGCUCAGCCAGCUACUUACCAUCAUAACAGCACUACCACCUGGACUGGAAGUAGGACUGCACCAUACACACCUAAUUUGCCUCACCACCAAAACGGCCAUCUUCAGCACCACCCGCCUAUGCCGCCCCAUCCUGGACAUUACUGGCCAGUUCACAAUGAGCUUGCAUUCCAGCCUCCCAUUUCCAAUCAUCCUGCUCCUGAGUAUUGGUGUUCCAUUGCUUACUUUGAAAUGGAUGUCCAGGUAGGAGAGACAUUUAAGGUUCCUUCAAGCUGCCCUAUUGUGACUGUGGAUGGAUAUGUGGACCCUUCUGGAGGAGAUCGCUUUUGCUUGGGUCAACUUUCCAAUGUCCACAGGACAGAAGCUAUUGAGAGAGCAAGGUUGCACAUAGGCAAAGGUGUGCAGUUGGAGUGUAAAGGCGAAGGCGACGUUUGGGUCAGGUGCCUUAGUGACCACGCGGUCUUUGUGCAGAGUUACUACCUGGACAGAGAAGCUGGCCGAGCACCUGGCGACGCUGUUCAUAAGAUCUACCCAAGUGCAUAUAUAAAGGUAUUUGAUUUGCGGCAGUGUCACCGGCAGAUGCAGCAACAGGCGGCUACUGCGCAAGCCGCAGCUGCUGCCCAGGCAGCAGCUGUGGCAGGAAACAUCCCUGGUCCUGGGUCCGUAGGUGGAAUAGCCCCAGCAAUUAGUCUGUCUGCGGCUGCUGGCAUUGGUGUGGAUGACCUCCGGCGCCUGUGCAUCCUCAGGAUGAGCUUUGUGAAGGGCUGGGGCCCAGAUUACCCCAGACAGAGCAUCAAAGAAACCCCAUGCUGGAUUGAGAUUCACCUCCACAGAGCUCUGCAACUCCUGGACGAAGUCCUGCACACCAUGCCCAUCGCGGACCCACAGCCUUUAGACUGAGAUCUCACACCACAGACGCCCUAACCAUUUCCAGGAUGGUGGACUAUGAAAUAUACUCGUGUUUAUAAUCUGAAGAUCUAUUGCAUUUUUUGUUCUGCUCUGUCUUUUCAUAAAGGGUUGAAAGAUGUGUUUGCUGCCUUGCUCUUAGCAGACAGAAACUGAAUUAAAACUUUUUUUCUAUUUUAGAACUUUCAGGCAUGGCUCAGAGCUUGGAGAUCAGGAAGAUCCAAUUCUUACUAAAUCUUCACUGGUUGUUGUGUAUGAAGGAGUCAUUCCAGUGCUGGGGACUCAGCCUUUAAGUCUGUGAGAGCUCCUCACAUGCAGGACACGGGGUGUGACUGCAGAGUACAGCCAGUGUUGCUGCUGUUAAGGCUGACGAGUUCUCAAAGUCAAGUCACCUGUUACUUAGAGGGAAGUUACUGUUGAACAGACUGUGCGCGAGUGGCACGUGGGUGAGCCAGUUUUACCAAGAGCAACUUCACUCUUAAAAACCUCUUAUCAACCUUUUACUCAGAAUGGUUUUUGCAAGUUAAACAGUGAAGGUGAAUUAAAUUCAUACUGUCUUGCAGACUUCAGGGUUUUUCCCCCCAAGACAAAACACUAAUCUGUGUGCAUAUUGACAAUUCCUUACAAUUAUCAGUCAAAGAAAUGCCAUUUAAGAUUACAAUUUUUAUCCCUAAUGGAUGACCAUUAUCAAGAUGUGUACUUUGCCCUGUUAAACAGUAAAUGAAUUCUUCUAUAUUUCUAGGCACAAGGUUGGUUAUAACAAAAUAAAGCCUAGGGGAGGAAUUGUUUUCCCUUCAUUCCUAGGGAGAAGGUUUUGUAUUUAUAAAACACUAAAGCAGUGUUGCUCUGCCUGACGCUUCCCUGUUCUGCAAGGUGGCAGUGCUUCAACUACAAUAAUGACUAGUUUGGAAACUGCUAAAUUCUUUGUGAAAUACUGUGCAGAAUAAUGGAAACAGUGCAGUCGGUAACAGGUAGUUUGGAUAUUUUUGUACUUGAUUUGAUGUGUGACUUUUUUUCAUAUACUGUUUAAAUCAUGUAUGCUUUGACAUUGUUUAAAAUUCAGUUUUUGUAUCUUGGGGCAAGACUGCAAACUUUUUUAUACCUGUUGGUUAUUCUCAGCCCUUUCUUUGCCAUCAGUGGUCACUUGGCGGUGACUGUACAGAGACUGAAGUAGAGCUGAGACACAUUGACUGUACCACAGACACAAUAUGUAUACUUUUUACCUAGUUACUAGCGCAAAUAAAACUGAGUCAAUAUAUGAAGUUGAAUUCUAGGUUUGGUUUUUAAAAUGCUUUCCUUUUGCACUUUUGAGUCCAAUCUCAGUGGCAAGACACCUUCUACUAAAUGACAGGCGACAGCCAGCUGUACUGUGCAGCUCUGGUUCCCUCCACACUCUACCAGGACUUUCCCAUGUACACUAUGGAUCAUGUGUAGAGUUAGUUAGUUUUUAAACUUUUAUUUUACUGUAGCAAAAAAAAAAAAAAAAAUAGGCUUGGAUAAAUAGUGUGACUGCAAUCAAGAUCAUCAGUGAGGUGGUUUUACUCUUUGAGAGUUUUCUGUGAAUUUUAAAUUGUAGUAGGCAUUUGAGCUCUGGAAACACUGUGCAUAGCAGUUUUCUCUGUGCCAACAGAAAUGACCAUGCUGUGCAGCCUGCUUCAGAAGCUUCGGGAGGCUCCUAGAAACCAGAGCGCUGCUGACUGUACAUCUCAGUCCAACGUACACAUCUUGUUUUGUAAAAAGCUUCACCAGUUUCUACUCUUAUGUACUUAUAAAUACUUUUGUUACAGACCUAAUUUUAUCUGUAUAAGUUUGGUGAUUUCUUUUUAAAAUGUUGUAUUGACAGAAUUAUAAAAAGAUACCUUCUUUAGAAAUGUUUGUCUUUAGAUCCAUUUCACUAUGAUUGGGGAAUAGGAGUGAGAAGAGUAAGCUUUAGUGUAACAGGUUUUUAAAGUCCAGGUUAUCUGACCAGGCCAUGCUGUAACUUGAUGCUUCCUUUUGUACUUUAUGGAGUUUCCCAUAUUUAAUCAUCUUCAUAAACUAUGUGGGAAAUGUUUGUUAAGAAGUAUCUCUUCAGAGCCAAGCUACCUGUCUUGGUUUUCUUACUAAGAGCCAUAGAAAUUAUUUCUAGUUAUUGAUGAAGUUUGUAAUUCGCCUGUCCUAUGCUUUUAAGGAAUCUAGAAUUCCUGACAGCUUAGUUAAACUGUUCGUUUUGUUCCUUAUACAUUGCUAUCUUUGAAUAAGACUUUAAAAAAAAAAAAAACUUCCCUAAGUUUAAAAAGUUUGGGAUAAAAUAGUUCCCAUGUUCUUAGAGUCUGAUUGUGAUGUGGGUGUUUUCUGAGUCGUAGCUCAAAAAGUCUCCCAAGAUUAAUUUCAGUGGACACUGGGUGAGAAGUGAAUUCAGCCCACCCAGUUUGAACCCGGUCUACUCUUGUCUUGUGCCUUUUUGUGCAUGAGAAUCCGUAAUGGCAUUGCCUUUCUUUGCUUGGAAGUAGAUUCUUUUCUGGGAUAGAGUCUACCUUAGUUGUUGUACUUUACUGCCCCGCUGUACAGAGGGGGAAAAGCACUACCGUGAGCUUGCUUUUCCACAGUCAUUGUACUGUGCUAACCCAUUGCUCCUGUAAAUGGUGCAGGUUCAGACAGGAUGAGCUGGCCGAAGGAGCACACCUGCAGAGUCCAGCAACCAACGCAUGCUUAGCUGUGCUGGAUUUGAAAGUUAAAAAUCCAACUUUGUGGGGUAUGGUGUGGUUUGUGUUAGCAACUUUGAAAGGCAAAGUAACUCAGAAGUUUUACAGCCUGGAGAAGGGAGUCUCCCUGGAACGCUUGUGAAGUCUCUGUGGAGGGGAAAUGUGUGUGCUCCCAGUCUGCUAGUCACUGGCUAAUUGUCACUCUUCCAAUUUUCUAAAAUUUUAUUUUGUUGUCCCAUUAUUUGAGAGCCCUUGGUAGAAGUAGUUUUGUUUGGAGCUGGCCAGAGAUGGUUUUGGUAGUUCCUGUAGGUUCUUGUCUUCGUCACUGUUUUAUUUAAUGGUCGAGUAGCAAAGUCUGAGUUAGGUCACUGCCGUGAGUGGAACAUGGAGCCACUCUCACAGGCGGGGACCUGGAGGGGACUAGCCACAUGGAACCAUCUGCAAAUAGCCCCUGAAAUCCUCCUCUGCAACUCCUGCUCAGGCCUCCCUGGUUUUCCCUUCUAGCAACCAAGCAGUCUCUUCUCUCCUGACACAAUAAGCAGUAUGUAAAAAGCCAGUGGCCUUAUUCCUAGCAGCGUCCUUGUCAGGGCCUUUUUCUCAGUGCUGUGAGGCCGUUCAUCUGGCAUUCCAGAGGAAUGAAAGUUUUCAUCAUCUUGCCUUAUUAAGCAGUAAAACUUUUGAAAAAUGAGCCAUUUAUUGGCAGGAGCUAUUUACACAAAUCACAAUAUACUGGUAUACCAUUUCUUCUUUUUCUGCUGUCUCUGUGGAUCUCGAGGGCUUCUAAGAGAGACAGUACUGCCUAGCCAUUUGUAAAUGCCCAAGACCUGUCCUUUAGAUGUUUCAGUGUUGGGCUCCUCUCCCAUCCUCCAUCCUGACAGCUGCCGCUUUGUGAGUGCCUACUGAGCCACUCCUCAGUGUUUUCUGGUUGACUCUCCUGCUUACUUAGCUGAGGGAACCAGGCAAGUGAGGUUGUUAGUGUUCACCCAGGACGCGUCCUGUUGGGUUGAAAGAGACUUCAAUGCAGAGAUUCUGUGGUUGACAUGGAGAGUUAAUAUUCAUAGCCCAUAGCUGCCCCUCUCCCCGGUGCUCUGAAAGAUUGAGUUUCCACCGAAUUCACUCAGAAAGCUGUACUGUUGGCUAGAUGCACCAGCAAACCACACGCUUUAAACAUCUUUUGCUUGUUUCGUGUCCUGACCCUGCCUGACCUCUGGCCUCCUUCCUCUCUGUAGCUACUUCUGACCUAUAGGUGCCUUUAUGAGAAUUGAGGGUCUGAUACCAUGCCCCAAGAAAUAGCUGAUGCAAUGAGUGAUGUUUUCAGGGAUUUUAGCAUCAAAUGAAAUAAAUGAAUGAAGCUUUUAAGUCCUUUUUUCUUUUCUUUUUUUUUAAUAUAGGAAGGACUGAGGAGAGUUUUGAUGAAGACAAUCAUUUAUUUCUCUGUGUUGCUGAAAAUGCUUUUCACACGGUUUCAGAUGCUUUUCUCAGUAGCUCCAGAGUUCAUGCUCUUGUUCAACCUGAGGCUGUCUCUGGACUCACUCAGACCAUUGCACUUGUAGUUCAUGACGUCAUGUGUCCUUGGCAAGUCAUUCCCUUCUCUGGGCCUCGGCUGCCUGUCUGUGAAAUGAGGGGUUGACCUCUUCUGCCAGCUCUGGCUUCUAAGUGACCUUGCCCACCCUGCAGCAGUUUGAGAUUUGUUCUUUACCUUUUUUCUGCUGUUUGAGGGGGAUCUUACUUUUUUUCUUUGUUAUUCAGUGAGACUAGGCUUGGUCUUUCAGUACUCGUUCUUCUGUGGACAAGUAGUUACAUACGUCCUUAUGACUUAUUUUUAACCAAAGGCCUAGCACCACCUUAGGGGCUGCAGUAAGUAUAAUACAGAACACUGGGGAGGGGGGUGGGGGGCACCUUCAUUUCACUGUGUCAUCUGUGUUCAGAGCCUCUCAAAAGCUCUUGUCUGUCAUGACAUUCUGACUUUGAAGUUAGUAUAUGUAUGAUACUGUCCUCCUAAGUGCUGCCAAUUCUUCACCUAAAAUGGAUUGAGAUCCUGUUGUUAAUGCCUAGUAAUUAAUAUUAGAGGUCCUUUCUCUGGGUCUUUAGUAGCUUAAUUCUUCUAUGCUCAAAACAGGAAGUUCUUCAGAAAUUAUAUCAAUAUUUUCAUUGAUGCUAUGAAAAACAGUCCCAGUGAAUGACUGUUCACUUUAUUUUUGCCUUUUUUAUACCCAUUUUGAUUAGACAGCUUUUAGCUGGAUUAUGCCUUUCAGAGAGUUUUCUUCCAGCCUGCUUGGAUGAGUAUAAUAACUGACUUUGUUAUUUUUAAGGACCUGGGAACCUUUCUAGGGGGUGGGCUGAGGGUGGGGGUGGGGAGUCCUGGUAGAGGCCACAUCUGUGGCAGCUGUGAAGCAGGGAUGAAGCCAGCUGCUCUUGCUAAGGUUGCUUGUCAUUGGUAGAAGGACUCACAGGUUUGGAUUAGUUCAAAGGCUAAAUAUAGAGUUGGUAAACUUCUCCAAACAGGGAGGGGGUUUUGUUCAAUGCAUUUAACGUGACUUAAAAGCAUGACUCCCUAUAGGUUAUGAAGACCAGUGUGCUGCAGAUCCAGUGUGGAAGAGGUGACUGGGCACUGGGGACAGAUUGGGUGGUGACACUCCCAGCUCUGUCUCCUGCUCUGGGCCCACUCUUAGCUUGUGCUCUUAGGAAAACCUGGUCAGCUAAAGGCCCACUUUGUUUCUAUAGACUUUUGCCUGGUUGAAGUCUGUGGCUUAAAAAAAAAAAUAGUUGAAUCUUUCUUGAGAACUCUGUAACAAAGUAUGUUUUUGAUUAAAAGAGAAAGCCAA